AUGUACGAUUCUGUUACAGAAAAAGACAGACCGUACAUAGAUGCUGUGGAUGCAGAAUUCACAUGUGAAGGAAACCUGGAACCACUAACUCCUGAGAAGAUUUCUGUGACUGAGCUGGCUGUUUAUCGGUUUGGGAUCUACAUAGUGCAGCGUGUGAAGAGAGUGAUAAAUGUCCCAGAGAUAAACCUGCUUCUUGCCUCCAGUUUGCCGCAGAAUAAUUACACACACAAUGCCUUCCGUAAUUCCUUUUUCUACCAGCAUUCUCAGAAUACACUGUUUAUUCGACGACAGCGAUUGGCAUCUGUGGGUGACUUCUCCCUCCUCCUCGUGCACUGCUUGGCUCACCUUGCUGCGGGUGAGCUGAGUGACGAUUCUGAUGCUCUCUUCCUCAAGUUUUUUCAUCAGGCUCUGAAGUGUAUCUUCAAGGAAACAUUCUUCACACGACUCAGUGUUUCUCCUGCGUUAUGUGCACAUGAGCCAACGGAUUCUCCUUGGGACAAUCUAUUCCAAACAGAAGACUGCCUGGGCAUUCAUACAGAUGCAAUUUCUGAUUUACUGAACAUCAAGCUGAAAGACCCAAAAUCUCUUGCAGAUUUUGAAGAGGAAGAUAGAGAAAUCAAAAAGGACAACAGAGCUUCAACCCAGUCAAAAGACCAGCAAAGUGAAACGAUGAAUGGACAUCAGAGUCAAAUAGAGAAAAACAAUGAAGCCUGCUUUGAAUCAAGAUCUGAACUGGAUCUGCGAGAUGUGCAAGAGAAGAUAGAUUAUCUAACUGUGGAGCUUUCAGCACUCCUUGACCUGGAACAGAAGGUGCAGGACAGGGCAAUCUCUCAAAGAAAAACAUUCCUGUUUAAAGAAAUUGAAGAACUGGAAACAGAAUUAGAUAGAAAGGAAAAUUGAGCUCUUCACUCAUGUACAGUAUAAGCAGUGUCAUUACUCCGAGUAAGAAUACAUACGCUGAAAAAAGGAAAAUUCAGGGCGGUGGUCAAAGUCAAAUUCAUUAUCAAAGUACAUUUAUGACACCAUAUACUACCUUGAGAUUUUCUUGAUGGCACUUAAAGGAAAAAUGAAAAGCUGUACAUAUAUAGAGACUGACAAACAAUGUGGAAAAGAAGACAAAUUCUGCAAAAUAUACUGUGUAACUGUGUGUGUGUGUGUGUGUGUGUGUGUGUGUGUGUGUGAGAGAGAGAGAGAGAGACAGAGACAGAGAGUGUGUAAGCAU